AUGGUCGGUUAAACUUCAGCAUAAUUUCUGCUCACAUUCAUUUCGGGGUUGCUGUGUUCUGGAUGGUGACCUUCCAGAUAAGUUGCUGAGUGAACAAUAAAACAAGGACAGCUGCUUCUUCACGUCCUGCUUCGUCGUCUUCUUGCACCAUUGCUCUCUUCAUCCACCUUUCCUUCUCGCUUUUUCAGUUUGUUCAGCUGCAGGACAACUGGUGAUUGAAAUGGGUGAAUGGGAUCUGCUGGGCCACUUGCUGGAUAAAGUGCAGAGCCACUCCACAGUGAUUGGCAAAGUGUGGCUCACUGUGCUGUUUAUCUUCCGCAUCAUGGUCCUGCGCACCGGUGCUGAGAAGGUGUGGGGAGAUGAACAGUCGGAUUUUGUGUGCAACACUCAGCAGCCCGGCUGCGAGAACGUCUGCUACGACCUCGCAUUCCCCAUCUCUCACGUGCGCUUCUGGAUUCUUCAGAUUAUUGCAAUAGCGACUCCAAAGCUGUUAUAUCUCGGUCACGUCCUUCAUGUUAUCCACGCCGAGAAGAAGAUGAAGGAAAGAAUGAAGAAGCAGGAAGAGCUGGAUGACCAAACUAAUCUGCUCCUCAGGAGGGCCUACAAAGUUCCCAAGUACACCAAAAGCAGUGGCAAGAUCAGCAUCCGUGGCCGCCUCCUUCGCAGUUAUGUCCUCCAUCUCCUGGCCAAGAUCGCCCUCGAAGUUCUGUUUAUUGUGGGUCAGUACUUUCUCUACGGUUUCUCCCUCGAGACUCGUUAUGUCUGCACCCGCUUCCCCUGCCCUCACAAGGUGGACUGCUUCCUGUCCAGGCCCACAGAGAAGUCAGUCAUUAUCUGGUUCAUGCUGGUGGCAGCCUGUGUCUCCCUCCUCCUCAGCCUGGUGGAGCUGUUCUAUCUGUGUGUGAAAGCUGUGAAGGAGUGCAUGGAAAGGAGGCAGGAUUACACUGUGACCCCAGUAACUCCUCCACAGUCAGAAAGGAAAGCUUUUAAAAACCGGGAUGAGAUCAUUCAGAAUUAUGUCAACCUGGAGCUGGAGCUGCAAGGACGAAAGUUAGGGGUGAACGGCAUCACAGGUGGAGUCAGUGAGGUUCCUAAAAAUGGAUCAUCUGAGAACAACAACACGAAGGAGAUCCACAUCUGAAGGAUAAAGCCAGUGAUUUAGCGUACAAAUACUGUGGCUCCUGACUUUGGCUUUGGGGAGGAACGGCGUGUGCGUGCAUGCGUGCGUGCGUGUGUGUGCUGGGGAGGGGGGGGGCACUAAAUAAAGCAGGUGGGUGAGAAAAUGGGCAGUUUGUGUAAACAAGUCUCAGUCACAUGCAAAACGCUGCUGAAAAUGGCUACUCUUUCACAAAAGUCAAAAGAAGUUUGCUGGAUAGAUCCAUGAUCACAAUGAAUCAGAUUCAGUUUUUGAUAAUUGCAAUAACAGAUUCAAUGAAUCUCAUACUCAGCAGUGGUCACAAUAUAACUGUCCUUUUCUUACAGUGCAUUAUUCUUUUUCUGAUCUGAACCACCCCUGUAUGUAAAAGCAACAGAAAAUAUAUAGUAAAAGUUUAUGUGCAAAGUCCAACUCAUAAAUGCAAUAUUUACUUUAACUUUAGGAGGAAAUGAAAACUAAAACUAAACUAAACCAUUAAUAUGUGUGUUUUGUAAUGCAUGCAAAACUGAUCAAAUCUGGAGCUAGGAAGAGUUUCACUUCCGGGUUAAGUAAAGGUUAAUAAAUGAACUAAAAUGUAUCAAGCUGUGCAACUAUUUAUAGGUCUCUGCAAGAACAUGAGCGUGCAGAGUUUCUGAUUCAGAAUGUUUUAUUAGUUGAAACUGAGCAUCUAAAAGCAUUAGGCAAACUGUCUGUAUUUAGGAGUGUCUUUUAACCCUAUCUAGGUUAGACAGAGCACUUUAUAGUGUGUUUCUCAUUCACUUGUACUCAAACAAGCAAUCAGACACCAACGGUGAUGGAUCUCUCGUGCAAGGUGCUUGCCUGCAGGAGCAGCGUGGGGUUAAAGGUCUUUCUUCGCACGUCUGAACCGCCAACUCUGCAAUUAGUGGACAACCUGCUCCGCUGCCUGAGCAUUUGCAUAUGUCAUAAGUACAGUGCAACGAAAUGCAGAUUGCAUCUAACCAGAAGUGCUUGAGCUGUGAUAAAUAAAAGAUCAUAUGAUAGCAUGAGCAGUAUAUGCACAGAAGUGCAAUAAUAUACUUAGUCCGGGGGGUUGAGUAGUGCAGAGUAUGUGGGGAAAUAUACUGAUUAACAGUUAUAUAAGACAGAAUAAAGACUGGAACAAAAGACUGGCAUUUAGAUUGGAAACAGCUAGCCUGGCUCUGUCUAAAAUUAACAAAACGUCAUGUGCCAUCUCCUUUGAAGAUUACAGAUUAACAGGUUACAUCUUAGCUUUUAACCUGCAAACGAAGAAAGGAAAGCCUUUGAAUUAGUAGAUGACCUGCUCUACAUCCUGGAUGUGAUCAUUUUUGGCUGGCUGGAAUCUAGUUGAUACUGUGAGUCACAAAAAUGAUCAAUGCAUCUGGCUGAAAGUCAUCUACAGUCUCUUCUGACACAUUUAUGACUAAGCUGACAAAUGCUUCGGCAUUUGUAAAUCUAAAAAAUAUAUACCAAUUUAGAAUAACACAGAAUAAUUCAAAUGUCCACUUUUUAUUUGUAUAUAAAAUCCACACAAAAAAACAAAAACAAAUUG